AUGAAAAUCUUCGUCAGCUCGCUGGAUGUGCCCAUUGGCUACGUCACGCCGAAGUUCCCCGCCAUUUUCUGGCCCUUGGGCAUAACCCUGCCCAGGUACAACGAGCUGUUCUUGUACUACUCGGUGGAUAUCUGGAAAUUCACCGUCUACUGGGUGAUCAUCUUCUUCAGUGGAGCGUACUUUCUAGUUGGGGUUGCUGCGUUUGCUUCGAUGAACCUACGAGCUUAUAGAGAACGGAAGAUCGUGGCAUCAAAAAAGAAAGCCGUGGUUGUACAGCUGGUGAUAGUGGCAGCGCUGUACUUGCUUGCUGGAGUGGCCCAGGGUUUUAUGCUGGGAGCGAUUAUUGGGCUUCUUUUAGCGGCUAUUUACCGUGCUGGCGCUCUUGCAAUGAGUACAUGGAUUCCGUUUAGUUGGGGCAUGGCGCUGAUUUUGUAUCAUAUUUGCUCGUCGUACUCGACGAGUCUGUUGUUAAUGUAG